UCUGUUAGCGCACUAUUCUCUGAUAACGCGAGUCAAUACGAAACAUGUGUAUGUAUCUGCAUCAUAUGCGAUGAUAAAUAAUACAUUAUUUAACUAUAUUGGAUAAUUAAUGUUAAGUAAUGUAGGUACUUAGUUGCGAUUCGAUUGUUUCUAGUUGAUACAAUGCAUAUAGAAAAUUGCGGAAAGUUUUUUUUUGUUUUAAAAAACUCCACGCGCUCAAAGUUUAAUUUUUACCACACUGAUAAGACGUUCGGAUACAAGUUCAAACCAGUGAAGCAAUACGAAGUUCCUACAAAAGUGUUGGAAAAUAGAAACAAGGAAAGUAAUUUCUACAGACUUGUCACCGCGUACCGAGAAAAUGCACAUCUUGUUGCGAACAUCAAUCCUAUCAAUUUAGAUCGAAAUACGCCGAGAGUAUUACAAGAACUGGAUCCAAAAACAUACGGAUUAAAAAAAGAAGAUGAAGUGAAUUUUGUCGAUAUUAUUCAUCAUGACAAACCCAAAGGAACCGUGAGCGAAGCACUAGAAUUUUUAAACAAAGUUUAUUGUGGAAAUAUUUCUGCACAAUUUUCUUAUUUGGAGGAAAUCGAAAAAGAAUGGUUUUCAAAAGAAUUCGAAAAAACAACUCAAGAUAUUGUAACGGAAAAGGAAAAGGUUGCAUUGGCGAAAACGUUACUGAGAUCGGAAGUUUUCGAUAAUUUCUUAGCAAAAAAAUUCACCACCGUUAAAAGAUACGGCUGUGAAGGCGCAGAGGGGAUGAUGGCGUUUUUUCAAGAAUUCGUUAAACUUUGCGCUUAUGAUAGCGUCGACACUGUAGUUGUAGGAAUGCCUCAUCGUGGCCGAUUAAAUUUACUAACUGGUCUAUUAAAUUUGCCCCCUGUAAAACUAUUCACAAAAUUAAAAGGUCAUCCGGAUUUCCCGACGAAAUAUGAAUGUAGCGGUGAUGUUAUCAGUCAUCUCAUUUCAACUACCGAACUUAACAUAGACGACAAAAAAUUAAACGUAACAGUACUGUAUAAUCCGUCCCAUUUGGAAGCAGUCAACCCUGUCUCCAUGGGAAAAACGCGAGCCAAACAAUUGUCACACGGGGAUGGGGAUUACUCCGAGAACGAGACGUCCAGAUGGAGCGACAAAAUUUUAAAUUUACAGAUCCAUGGUGACGCAGCAUUGGCUGGCCAGGGUGUGAAUUACGAAAUGCUCAACUUUACCGCUGUUCCUCAUUUCGAAGUUGGUGGGUCGAUACACUUCGUGGUGAAUAAUCAAUUGGGAUUCACUACCCCCGGUGACAGGGGUAGAAGUGCAGAAUAUUGCACAGAUCUAGCGAAAAUCGUUCUGGCACCUGUACUACACGUCAAUGGAGACACCCCUGAGGCAAUUCUGAAAGCGACCCGAGUAGCGUUCAAGUAUCAAAGGGAAUUUAGAAAAGACGUUUUCAUUGACCUAAACUGCUAUCGUCAAUGGGGUCACAACGAAUUGGACGAUCCCACAUUUACAAACCCGACAUUGUACAAAAUUAUCCGUUCUAAAAGAACAGUACCCCAAAGGUAUUCUGACGAUCUGAUAACUCAAAAUUUGAUAACCGAAGGACAAGUGCACUCAAUUCGAUCUCAACAUGAAUCCUGGCUGAACAGUAACCUGUCUCAAGUGGAAUCAUACAAACCACAGGUAGAAUACCCUUUCCGGUUAGAUAAAAUAAUACUUUUACUCAUUUGGUCGCGAAUCCAGCCGACCAGCAAAAAGCGACUCCAAGCUGAUACUACACAUAGCGAUCUCGAAACAGAAAUGAUGUCGAGAAAAACCAUCGCGAAUAGCAUUUUAUCUGAAGAAGCUGUGCUAGCAUUUGAGUAUGGAAUGAGCGUCGAAAAUCCAAAUAAUCUCAUAAUGUGGGAGGCUCAGUUUGGCGACUUCUUUAACGGUGCUCAGUCUAUUUUCGACACAUUCGUGGCCAGUGGAGAAGCGAAAUGGUUAUGGAGUUCCGGCCUCGUAAUCCUACUUCCUCACGGUUAUGAUGGUACGGGGCCCGACCACAGUUCCUGCAGAUUGGAACGAUUCCUUCAACAAACUUCUUCAAAAGAAGACAAAGUUGAUGGUGACAACGUUAAUGUAGAAGUAUGUCAACCAUCUACUUCUGCUCAGUAUUUUCACCUUUUAAGAAGACAGAUGGUUCGCAAUUACAGAAAACCACUAGUGGUUGUCAUGCCUAAAUCACUGCUUAGGAAUACCGACUCUGCUAGCAACUAUACCGAUAUUAUCAAGGGGACUUCGUUUGAACCUGUUAUAGGAGACCCCCUAGCAAAUCCUUUGAAUGUCGAGAAAGUAAUUUUCACUUCUGGUAAACACUACUAUACUUUACUUAACGAACAAAAAGCUCUCCAAAUAAAAAAUACGGCCAUUAUUCGCGUGGAAAGUUUUUGCCCUUUCCCCACAAUGAAACUUCAAAAGGAAAUUGACAAAUACACAAACGCAAGAAUAUUUCUUUGGUGUCAAGAAGAGCCACAAAACAUGGGUGCUUGGAGUUUCAUAAAGCCCAGGUUUGAAAAUCUACUUGGCAAAAGGUUACGUUAUGUUGGCCGAGAGACAUCUGCAUCUCCUGCAGUUGGUGUUGCCAAAUGGCACCAAGAAGAAGUGGAUUACAUUACAAAGGAACCAUUCCGAAUAACAUUAACUACGCUAACAACAGGAAAAUAAAUUCUAAUAACUUCAAUAAGUAUGUCUAAUGCUAACCAAUGAAUUUAGACAGCGAGACUACUCAUUCUGGCGUUUCGAAUUUUAAAAGUAGCAAAAUGAAAUUUCUUACUACCUACGUGUAAUUGUUAUCUACCAUCAUAAAUAAACGCCUCCAUCAUUAAUCAAU